AUAGAAGCGGCGCCACGUCCGCCGCCCCGCAGGUCGCAGCUCACCCAUGAUCCGCUCAGCUCCGCCGUGCGGGCCGAACCGGGCCGGCCAGCAGAACGGCCUGCGGGAUGAAGAGGAGGAUGAGGAGGGGGACCUGGAGGACGAGGUGGACGCGUCGCACCUGGAGAAGUUCAUGCGGGACCGGAGGAGAGCCCGGUCGCUGCCCGCGUAUCCCGCCGCGCUGCUGGACGGCGGCAGGAAGCGGGUCAAGUUCGCGGACUCGAUGGGUCUGAGCCUGGCCCGCAUCAAGCACUUCAGCGUCCAGGAGGACCCGCAGGUCCCGCCCAAGGUGCUGUCCCGGUACCAGAGCUUCCCCCCGCAGCAGCAGGACCCGCGGACCGGGCCGGAGCCGCCGCGGCUGCUGGCCUGCUUCCCCGAGCCGCGGGACGCGGAGCGGCGGGUUCGGGAGCUGCGGGUCUGCCUGGAGAGGCUGGCCGUGACCCGGUUCGAGCUGAGGGGCCAGGUGCGGGUCCUGCGGGGCUGCGCCGUCAGGGAGGUCGGGGUUCGGCUCACCUACAACGACUGGCUGUGCUACGUGGACGCGCAGGCGGUGCCGGUCCCGGUGCCGGAGCAGCCCGGGUCGGAGUCGGUCCGGUUCGGCUUCACCGUGUUCACUCCGCCCUUCAUGGACCCGGGCGCCGCGGUGCACUUCGCCGUGUUCCUGCGCAGCGACGAGGGAGAGUUCUGGGACAACAACCAGGGCCAGAACUACUCGCUCCGGUACCGGAACCACAGCCAGGACGAGCCGGGCCGCCCGGACCCCGAGCCGGCCGGAGAGGCUUCUCCAUCCUUCUGAGCGGAUCAGAACCAUCCGGAACACUUCCAGCACUGGACUCCAGGCGGGAUCCAACCGGACCGGUUCUGAUCCAAAUGUUUGGCUUUCAGGAUGAAAUAAAACCAGGAAAACCUGAAGAAUCCCGGAACCAUUAAUGUCCAACUGGUCCAUUCCUCCAUCCAGGCUUUGGUCUUUGUCGGCCAUAUUGAAAAUCCAAGAUGGACGAUAAUCGAUAAUUUAAUUUGAUCAGAUUUUUUUGGGACAGAAAACAUGUUUGGACAUUUGAUCAAUUUAUUCCUGACAGACAGAGAAACUUCUGCCACCAAGUUGUUUUGGACAUUUUAAUUUUGAAUUUAAUCAUCAAAGAUCGAUCAAUAAAUGGAAUCGAUUAUUAUUAUUAUUAUUAUUAUUAUUAUUAGACAGCCGCCUUAAAAACUCAAACCUCUCCAUUCUAAAAACAUUCAUAUCUGCCUGUUUUAAUAGUUUAAACACCAAAUAUAAAGUAAUAUGAAGACUAAUCCGCUAACAGGGCAGCUAAUUUUUAAUCCAUUUAGUGCUUUAAUGUUUUUGCUAACUUUGAAAAUGUUUAGCACACUUAGCUUCCCCUAAACUAAUUUUCUGGAUAAAUUCUAAAUCUCUAAUUUCCGUCACUGUUCUGUAAACAAAAGUCUGAGGACAUUAUAGAACAUUUAAAUUAUUUUAAAAUAAAGUUUAGUCUCUUAAUGUCACAUAUUUCAUCUGAAGCGUUUUUGAUAACUUUGAAAACUUUCAUCACACUUAGCUUGGUGUAAAUGAACUUUUCCAGAUAAUAUCUAAAGCGCCAAUUUAGGAGGUUGUAAACUUUUAGUUGAAUAAAACUUGAUCGAUUA